AUGCUGAUCAGAAACAAAGUCGAAUUCGUCAACACCCCGGGCGAGAUAGAGGGAGUUGAUCCGGCAAUAAUAUCACACAAGCUAAAUGUUGACCCAAAACACAAGCCAAUCAAACAAAAGAAAAGAGCCUUUGCAAUAGACAGACAAAUCGCUAUCGAAACUGAAGUAGACAAAUUGUUAGCAGCAGGGUUUAUCAGAAGAGUGUACUACCCGGAGUGGCUAUCAAAUGUAGUUCUCAUAAAAAAGCCGAAUGGAAAAUGGAGAUUAUGCAUAGAUUUCACAGAUCUAAACCGAGCAUGUCCCAAGGAUAGCUACCCCCUGCCAAAUAUUGACCAGCUAGUCGACUCAACCAGUGGCUAUGAAGUCUACUCGUUCAUCGACGCAGCCCAAGGAUAUCACCAGAUUCCAAUGCACAAAGAAGAUGAAGAAAAAACAAGCUUUGUAACCGACAGCGGCACAUAUUGCUAUAAACAAAUGCCAUUCGGAUUAAAAAAUGCGGGAGCAACCUACCAGCGACUAAUGAACUUUGUGUUCAAAGACCAGAUUGGUCGAAACAUGGAAGUUUAUGUCGACGACAUCAUCGUCAAAUCCAAAAAAGUAGAAGACCACGCAAACGACCUGGAAGAAGUCUUUACUAAGCUCAAAAAAUACAAACUCAAGCUCAAUCCGGAUAAAUGCGCAUUCGGAGUCCCAGCAGGAAAAUUCCUCGGAUACCUCAUCUCUCAAAAAGGCAUCGAAGUAAACCCGGAAAAAAUAAAGGCAAUUUUGGAUAUGAAGGCACCAAAAUCGGCUAAAGAGGUUCAGAAGCUCAACGGUAGAAUCACGGCCCUCGGACGAUUCGUGUCCAACUCGGCCAAGAGAUGUCUUCCAUUUUUCAAAACAUUAAGAAACGUGCAAAAAUUCGAAUGGAAUGAAGAAUGUCAACAGUCUUUCGAGGAACUCAAGAAGUUCCUAAGUUCACCGCCACUUCUCGGACGACCCGAAGCAGGCGAGACACUAUAUUUAUAUCUGAGCGUCACAAACAAAACAGUGGCGUCAGUACUGGUCAAGGAAGAGAAAACCGAGCAGAAACCGGUGUACUACACAAGCAAAGUGCUAAAAGGGCCCGAGCUCAGAUAUAGCAAAAUCGAAAAAUUUGCGCUGGCUUUAGUCCUAACAGUUGAGAAGUUAAAAAGAUACUUCCAAGCUCACACGGUAAUAGUCCGAACAAACCAACCUCUGAGGAAAGCACUCGCAAAACCAAAAACGUCAGGACGGUUAAUCAACUGGUCGGUCAUGAUAGGAUCAUACGACAUCAAAUACGAACCACGAACAGCAAUGAAAGCUCAAAUACUGGCCGACUUCGUAGCAGAAACCACAACACACGACCAACCCACCGAGGUGGACAAGGGUUUGGUCAGCUGGACAUUACAAGUAGAUGGGGCAUCCAACACAGCCGGAGCAGGAGCAGGCAUGAUUCUAAGAGGACCACACAAGAUAAAAAUGCAAAAUUCAAUCCAUCUUAAUUUCCCGACCACCAAUAAUGCAGCAGAGUACGAAGCUUUGAUAGGCGGAUUAAGAAUGGCAAUGGUAGUAAAAACCGAGGACAUCAAGAUUCAGAGAAACUCUAAAUUGGUUGUUAACCAAGUACUGGGUCUAUACGAAGUAAAGGAUCCGGAAAUGAAAAAAUAUGUGGACCGGGUUAAAGAUCUACUCGCAAAUAUCACCGAAGAAGGUGGAAAAUGGGAACUAGAACAAAUACCCAGAGAAGAAAACACAGAAGCAGAUACAUUGGCAAAAGCCGGAGCAGCCAAAGAUACAAUACCGGGCGUGCCAUGCUCGAUACAAAAUUUCAGCAGUGUCCAGAAUCCUGAAGCAACAUUCCUCAUUAACCCAAUGGACCAGUGGAUGGAGCACAUCAUAUCAUACAUUGAAAACGGGACCCUACCCGAAGAUAACAAAGAAGCAAGAAAGAUCAAAAGACGAGCACCACAUUUCUCAUACCGAGAUGGAACACUCUACAGAAAAUCAUUCUCGCACCCCUGGUCCAGAUGUCUCACAAUGGAAGAAGGAAAAUAUGUCCUAGCCGAGAUACACGAAGGGCUAUGUGGAAGCAACAUUUCACACCUGGCACUCUGUCGAAAGGUCGUCUUGCAAGGAUAUUAUUGGCCGACACUGGCACAAGACACAGAAAAUCUGGUAUGUAAGUGUGAAAAAUGCCAAUACCAUCAAAAUGUGCACCAUCAACCAACAACCGAGCAAAGUCAAAUAGUAAGCCCUUGGCCAUUCAGCAUAUGGGGAAUAGACAUAGUCGGCCCUUUCCCAACAGCAAGCGGGCAGAGAAAAUUCCUAAUAGUGGCAGUGGACCAUUUCUCAAAAUGGGUAGAAGCCGUAGCCGUUUCUACUAUAACAGAAGCACCAGUACGAAGUUUUGUCCGAAGAGAAAUCAUCUGUCGCUUCGGGAUCCCAAAGAUCAUCAUAACCGACAACGGGAAGCAAUUCGACAACAAAAAUUUCAGAGAAUUCUGCGCAGAAAAAGGGAUCGAUCUAAGGUUCACAUCAGUCACUCACCCACAAAGCAACGGGAUGACCGAAGUAACCAAUCGAACCAUUGUCAAUGGAUUAAAAAGGCGUCUAGACAAAGCCAAAGGUUGA